UCCAAAGAUUCACUCCGACGUCCACAAUUCCCAACGCCUAAAAUUUUAGAGCCCAAUUUUCCAUUUUUAUCAUUUAGAGCCCAAAUUUCCGCUACAGCCCAAUUUUCCGACGCUCAUUUUUCGACCCCCAAUGUCCCUUUUUUUCUAUGUACUUAUUUUUUCAAAAAUUUUUUAUUUUUUAAUUUAUAGAUUUAAAAAAUUUAUUUAAUAUGGAAGAAGAAUUUAUUGUAGAAGAAAUUUUAGAUGUAAAACAAAUAAAUAAUGAAAAAUUUUUUUUGAUUAAAUGGUUGGGGUAUGGGGCUAAGAACAAUUCUUGGGAAGCUGAAGAAGAUAUACAUGCACCAGAUUUAAUCCAAGAAUUUUAUGAAAAAAGAAAUAAUUGUAUUCUAGAAGAGUUUGUGGAAUUGGAAAGUAUUCGAAAAUCUGGACCUAUUAUUUUAUUGGUUGGAGGGAAAAAGCGUGGACAAAUUGCUUAUGCCGUUCUAUCAGAAAGAGCAUUAGAAUUAUUUAAUUCUGAAAAAUCUUAUAGAAAAAAGGAAGGGGCAAAUACAAUUAUUGAUUUAAAAAAAUGUUUUAAUGUUUCUCAACAGAAUUGCCCAAAAUCUCAUUCAACAUGUGUAUGUUUAAUGACUGCUGAUAAAGUUUUUUUAUUGGGAGCUGAAAAUUUUAAUGAUACAAUUGAAUGGUACAACAUUUUGUUAUCAACAGUUAUUUCUGCUAGAGCAUUGAAUUUAGGAAGGCCUGUCUUUGCCAAUGAAUUUUUUGAAUGUGUUUGGGAUGUUGUUAUCUUUUCUCAACAACCAAAAUUAAAACGAUCUUCACAAGUGCCAGCAAACCCUGAAUUUGUUAAUUGUCCAAAUAUUUGUGCAAAAUUACCUGAUGAAACGUUUUUGGCUGGAAAGGGAAGACUUUGCUUUUAUCCUCAUUCAAUUAUUAUCUGUAAAACAGGAAUAGAACCAGCACCAAAAGCAGGAAUUCCUCCUUUCCGGACAAACGACUUUGUUGAAAUUUCAAGACAUUUUAUUGCACAAUUUGUAUGUGUGGAACGUUAUUUUCUUUUACGAAUUGGGAAUAGCUCAUCUAUGGGAUCUUGUGAAGUUUGGGUUCAAUGCGAAUCUGAUGAUCAUGCUACUGAGAUUAACCGUAAAUUACAGGAAAUAAUUCAGCGUGAAAAUUUGAAGAAACAACAAGCUUUGCAAACAAUUCGUGGCCAACAACUCUCAUCACUUCCUAAUACAUCAUCUGCUUCUAAUCCCUCUACUGCUAAUCAAUAUUGUAAACAACAACAAGCAGAACGGGAAGUUGCUCAAAAACGACUUUUACUUCCUCAUUAUUACCAAAAUUUAAAUGAAAGUUCUUCUCAAUCAUUAGUAAGACCAAAUUGUUUGUUGGAACCUUCACAAAACAAAAGGCCCUGUUUUGCUCAACUGACAAAUAAGCUUUGUGUACGGAGCAAGUCCCUCGGUUUGGAAGAACAACAAGCUUCAAAUUUCUGUUCAUUUGCUGGUCGCUUCUGGACCAUGGAUAAAGCAGACUCAAUUCUUUUGUUGGGUGCUGGUUAUGGACACUCAAUGCACCCCGAGGAAACUGAGGAUAGUGGAGGUACUCUUAAAAAGGUUCCCUGUGGCAAUGAAAACAAUACUGCUGGAGGAAGUGAUGAAAGUAGUGCUGCACCUUCUUGUUCUUCUACCUCCUUUGGACACCCAACCUCAUCACAAACAAAAAAUUGCACACCUGAAGAUGUUUUAUCAACAAUUAAUGGGAGUACAAAUUCAGCUGGAGUUUUGAUUGAAGAUCAUAUUGAACGUCCUGCUACUGCUUGUGAUGAUAUUGUUGGUGGUAAAAAAAAGAAGAAAAAAAUUCGAAACAAUGUAAGUAGCCUUAAUUAA